AUGCCCACCGAAAGCCACCCGGUUGCACAAGGACCACAAGGUGGGCCACCCGCUGGAGGUAGCGGUUUCGGAUUCCCUGGAUUCAACGGCUUUCAAAUGCCUGGAUUUGGCACUGGAUUUUCUGGACAGUUCCCCGGAUUCCCUCAACCAGGAUCCGGUUUCGGCCAAGGCUUUGCUCCGUUCCCUGUGUUUUACAAUCCAGCGCCAGGAGGACAACAACAACAACAACCACAACAACCAGAACCUUCUGUAGGCGGUACAGGUGGUUCUGGACCGACCGCCACGCAGCAGCCCGGACAAGGUCAAAUCGGUCAAGAAUCUAGCGGCACAGGAAGUCCAAGCCAGAACCAGCCGAUCCCUGGUCUAUCGCAAGGCUCGGGAGGGCAAGGAUUCGGACCUGGCGUUGGCGGGCAACAAACCGGAUCAUCUGUCGGAGAAGGUGGACCUGCAAACGGCUUCAACUAUAACCAAUAUCCGCAGGCGCAAGUGAAUGCCUGGAGUCAGGCAUGCCGAGGUUUCCAGGCUCAGGCUCUGGCCACGCAGGCUGCACAGAAUCAGUUCUUCACCAACACCUUCCCGCAUAUACAGCUCCCUCCCCUGCCGUUCAUGGACCUGUGCUCACAGCCCGGAUUCAGCAAUGUUGGCGCGGCAGCCGGUGCCGGUUCCUUCAGCCACGGUGGAGCUGGAGCUACGGUUGGUGGGACUUCGUUUAACAAUCGGUUCGGUGGUGACGAUGGUGGAUACGGUGGAGGUGUGCAGGGGGUGAGCAUUAGCAGCUCAUCGAACGGCCUCGGCCAGGGCGGCACUACGGUGACGCACUUCGGAGGUGGUGGCGCCUCGACGAACUACAUUCCCCACAAUCAGCCACACGGAGGCAACAAUGGUGGUGGUUUCUCGACGGCGAACCGCUUCGGUGGAAGUUCCGGCGGGGGAGUUAGCGUUUCUUCAACGUACGGCACGAAUGGAGGCGGCGGUGGUGGUGGAUUCGUUACGGCCAACCGCUUUGGAGGCGCUUCGGGUGGAGGCGGUGGUGGCACCACGCACUACGUCUCGACCGGAAAUGGUGGUGGCUCUGUCAGUUCGUUUGGACCGAAUGGUGGAAGCUUUGCCUCGGCCAGCCGAUUCGGUGGCUCCAAUGGCGGUGGAUAUGGUGGGGGAGGCGGUUAUGGAGGAAACUAUGGCGGUGGAAAUGGCGUCGCUGUGGGUAGCAGCGUCUCCUCGACCAGCCACGGCAAUGGUGGCGGAUCGGUGCAGACAAGCGUCUACAAACAACACUACUAAGA